AGCUCUGGAGUGGGAUGUGUUCCUGGCAAGAAUAAACAGUUUUUUUCUGCAACGAAAAUGGGUGAUCCCAACUGAGCAUUGAUCCCUUUGGCUUUGCUCUCUGACAGAUCCUGGUGAACAGAAACUUCUUCUGUAGCUAUGGGCACAGAAUGCCCCCACAAAGUGUGCAGGUCGUGAGUGCUGAUGGAGACCUGGAAUUACAAUCUCUGACCGUGAUGGGAAGACCAACGAUGGGGAACAUGGAUAUGAUGCCAAACCCUGGAUAUGGGCCACCACAAUGUCUUCCCAUGAUGCAGUCCCCUGCAGUCUACCAUCCACCGGUGCCCUACACAGGCAACAUCUCUGGAGGCCUGGGAGCCAAGAGGACCAUCAUAGUACGCGGCUCUAUUCCAAUGAACUUCGACAGGUUCCACAUCAAUCUUAAUGCUGGAGAGGAUAUCGCCCUGCACAUCAAUCCACGCAGGCAAGAACAAACCGUAGUGCGCAACAGUUUUCUGAAUGGCAGAUGGGGUCCUGAGGAACGGGAGCUGCCCUUUAACCCUUUCCAACCUGGACAGUACUUUGAGCUCUCAAUCCGCUGCGGCAACCACCGAUUCAAGGUUUAUGUCAACGGCCAGCCUUUCUUCAACUACGCCCAUCGUUACCACAACUUCCCACAGAUCAACACCCUCCAGAUCGACGGAGACGUGGCCCUUUCUUAUAUCCAAUGCUAAGCACGGGGGGAAAGAGGGCAGUGCUGGCAGUGACCUUCCAUUUUUCUCUCU